UCUUUCCCUUUUUUUUUUGCAGGGAAAAUGUCAAAUAUCCGUGCCGUCAGGAAGAUGCAACAGCUGAAUAACUUGGUUGCCAUGGUUGCAGAGCUAGCCAGGCCAGGAUACACCAUUGUGGAUUUCUGCAGUGGAACGGGCCACGUAGGGAUCGUUCUGGCUCACACACUUCCAGAUUGCCAGGUCAUCCUCAUAGAGAACAAAGAAGAGUCCUUAGUGAGGGCUCAGAGUCGCAGCACUCAGCUCGGUCUGAAAAACAUUGGCUUCAUUCAGGCUAAUUUGGAUUACUUCACUGGACCGUUUCAGAUUGGGGUUGCCCUCCACGCAUGUGGCGUUGCAACAGAUAUGGUGAUGGAGCACUGUAUCCAGGCAGGAGCUGCCUUUGUCAUUAGUCCUUGUUGCUACGGCUUCAUCCAGAACGCCGUCAAGUUCAAGUUUCCCAAGAGCAAACAGUUCGAAGAGACUCUGACAUACAAGGAACACAUGAUCCUGUGUCGCUUCGCAGACCAAACUGCCAUCCAGCUCCCCCCUGAGAGGCGACUCAUUGGUACUGUUUACAAUUUUCUCCCUGUACUUGAACAGUCACAGACACAUACAAUGCCAUGCAAACAUUUUAGGCUCUGUAAUUAAAAUGAGUGUUAUUACUAUUCAGUCAUCAUUUGUCAAUUAGCUUCAUCCAACGUGCAGUAAAGAGAAAAAAAAACUAAUUGAAUCAAUAUCUGGCGUGACUACCGUUUGCCUUUUUAAAUCAGCCCCAAUUCUCCUUGGUACACUUGGCACAGUUUGUCAGAGUACUUGGCAGGUAGGUUGCUGCAAGCAUCUUCGAGGGCGUAUCAUCUGAUGCAGGACCGCCUAUCCUGCUUGUCACAGAAGAUUAUUUUUCAUGACUAGACUUGGGGUCGAUGUCAUGGCUGCAGCGUGAAAUUGUGAAUUUGAGACCAAUCUGACGCCUCCCUGAUGUUAUUGCGUGAUGGAUAAGAAUCUAUACUCCUUUAACGCCUAAAGCUUUUGCACACCAUUGUGCUGAAAUGUAUCAAGUACAUAUUUUUAGAAUGACUCCUGGUAGCUUGCCAGACUAGAACCAUGGUUCCACUUUGAUUUCCGAUUAUCAUGUAGGGCUGAACACCAGCAUGUUUUUAUUAAAUUUUUUUGGACACAUAAAUCAUAUCUAUAUAGAGUAUACAACCGAAGUCUAGUGCAAAAUCACUUGAAUAUGAUAUAAUUCCAAAUUGCAUCACUUCUCAAUAAUCAUUUUUAGUAAGUCACUUUAGGGUUGGGGUUAGUUAUAUACACUACUGUUCAAAAGUUUGAGGUCACACACACAAUUUCAUGUUUUCCAUGAAAACUCUCACUUUAAUUCACGUGCUAACAUAUUUGCACAACGAUUUUCUAGUCAUCAAUUAGUCUUUUAACAUGACUAGCUAACACAAUGUAGCAUUACAACACAGGAGUGAUGGUUGCUUUCCUUUCAGAAAUAAGGACAUUUCUAAGUGACCCCAAACUUUUGAACGGUAGUGUAUGUGUCUUGAAUCAUCAGGGAUAAUAUUAAGUGAUUAAAGUUGAACUACCAGUGGAUAAACAUGUGGUUCAUGGAUAAGCCUAAGUUUGAAUUUUAUGGUCCCAUUUUGACCUGAAUUUAACCUUUGAAACAAGGAUUAAAGCUAUUUUUUUACUUGGAGGUGGUGGAACAAGCUGUAAACAUGCCAUUUUACGAACUUGGGGGUGUUUAAACUUCCAGUGUAUAUUAACAUCCAUUUGUAUUUCUGAGUCUUUUAGCUAUGUUUUGGUCUCCACCAACUCCUGUCAGAAAUAUGUGGCUCCUAAUGCUCCAUAACAGUCACCAGUAUUUGCUAAACUGGGUCAAUAGGGGCACUGAGAGUCAAAACAGUAAACCAGGGCAAAGUAUAAUUCAAACAGUUGCAAAAGCAUUUCAUACAACUGGAACGAAGUACCAUUGUGAAGAUAAAUGUACACUACCGUUUAAAAGUUUGGGCUCACCCAGAGAAUUUCAUGUUUUCCAUGAAAACUCACACGUUUAUGCAUGUGCUAACAUAAUUGCACAAAGGCUUUCUAAUCGUCAAUUAGCCUUUCAACACCAUUAGCUAACACAAUGUAGCAUUAGAACACAGGAGUGAUGGUUGCUGGAAAUGUUCCUCUGUACCCCUAUGGAGAUAUUCCAUUAAAAAUCAGCUGUUUCCUGCUAGAAUAGUCAUUUACCACAUUACCAGUGUCUAGACUGUAUUUCUGAUUAAUGUUAUCUUCAUUGAGAAAAACUGCUUUUCUUUCAAAAAUAAAGACGUUUCUAAGUGACUCCAAACUUUUGAACGAUAGUGUAUAUAUAAAAAAUACAAGCCACAAGGUAGAAACUCAAUGCAACAAAAGUGAAGACACUUGUCACCAUUGAAACGCAGGUUAGAAGGCCUGUUAUCUCUGAAAGAAAAUUGAGUCCACGGUUAUUUUCCAAUCAGCGUAACUCCAUGAACAUUGUUAUGAAAUUACCUGUGAGCAGCAGAACUUUCUCAGUUUUCGGAACUAUGGGCAUUGUUGAUAUUCAUGUCUGCAUCAUGGUGCUUCACGGAAAAUAACUGACAGAGGAACUAAAAAAUCUGAUUGUGAGACCUUCAAAGAUGGAAAAUAAUACAGGAAGAUUGAUCACCCACUAAAAACACAGUUGCAGCAGUAAUCAUGUGGUGUAGAACAAGCUGUGGUACCGCUAAUUGAAGCCACAGCAUCUGUCCACUUAAAAUGACACCAUGGACAGUGCACCACUCACACAGUCUAGCUCUGAAUAACAGGCAGGGAAAUGCUUCAGGGAUUGACAGUGAAGAACACUGUGUAAAAUCAUCAUUAAUGAAAUUCUCAGGGCGACGUUGAACAACAACACUCCUGUUACAAAGAUUAAACCUUGCUUAAACUGACAUGACAUGAAAGGACAUAAAAGGAACCCCGAUUACUAUUUAAAGCACGUGCUUUGCUCAGAUUAUGGUCAACAUGGCUUUGCUCGGCUCUGAUGAGUUGCGGCAUGUUUGUUAUGAACCUGGCCAGGACUACCACAAUGAAUGCAUAGUCCAGACAGUGAAGAACAGUGGUGGGAGUGUGAUGACAAGAGGCUGAAUGAGUGCAAAAGGUGCUGGGAAGAUGGCAUUUAUAGAUGGCACCAUGAAUUGUUCCGGAUAUACCAAAAUACUGUCAAGAAAACUCCCAGUCUGCAGCAGUUUGGCAGAGGAGGAAUGUUCCAGCUGUGAUCCAGAGCUGACUGCCAAAAUCACAGAAGAGUGUCUAAAGAAGGAAAAUGUGAAAACUAUAAGCUGGCCAAGUAUGUUGUCUGAUUUUAAUCCAAUAGAAGACCUUUAGAGAGUGAGGUAGUGCAACACAGCCCCUCCAGCGAAAAGCUGCUAAAUAAAAAAUGUCUCUGAAGAACAGCAGAACAUCUGUCUAGAAAUGUCUGGCCACUGGUAUCUUCCAUGCCAACUAGGAUCAAGUCUGUUGUCAAAAAUACAAUGGUACAUCCAUCCAUCCAUUUUCUGUACACCACUUUAGCCUCAUUAGGGUCGUGGAGGGCUGGAGUCUAUCCCAGCUGACUUAUGGUGAAGGCAGGGGACACCUGGACAGGUCACCAGUCUAUCACAGGACUACAUAUAGAGACAAACAAUCACACUCACAUUCACACCUACAGACAGUUUAGAGUUACCAAUUAACCUCAGCAUGUUUUUGGACUGUGGGAGCAGGAGUACCCGAAGAGAACAUGCAAACUCCAUGCAGAAAGAUCCCGGGAAGGCCGGGACGCGAACCAGGAUCUUCUCGCUGCAAGGAGAAAGCUACCACGACCAAGCUACUGUGCAUCCCAUGGUACAUGCAAAGUAUUGAAAAAAUAUAGGAUCUCAAUCUCUGUUAUGAAAGGUUUACUGACAUUUGUUGCGCUGAGUUUCUGCUGUGUGGCCUGUAUUUUUAAUUUACUAAACCUAAACAGUCUGUUUUUAAUUAUACAUGGAGCAAAUACCGUAAUGUUCAACCAACUAAUUGAAUGAAUGCAAUUACUGUAAGGUCAAACAGCUUCGAACUGAUGGAUAUUAAAGUAAGUAGAGGUUUGCUGAGUUCUGUUGUCUGCUGUUGCUGUUAACGUGCUGAAACUGUGAAUGUGUUUUAUGAAGUUUGUUUUACACUGUAACAUAUCCGCCGCUGUUGUAGUUUUUCAAAAGGCCUGGACUUUUGAGAACAGUGAAAAAAUGUUAAUGUGGGGAUUUCUACACGGCGACAAAACAGCUGCGGUGAACAGCUGCCAGAUCAGUGUUGUCGGAUUGUGAGGGAAGUGUUUUAUCAGACUGAAACCUCUGGGCCUGUGCUGGAGCUUCUCCGUACAGUGUUUCAUUAUAGUGAGGACUCUCUUCACCCUGAUAGCUCUCCAGCUUAUCAAAGCUUCCCCGCAAAACUGAGAAGGCUCCCCAAUGCCUCGUCAGUCUGAAGCCCUUUCAUAUGUACCUGACACCACCUGUCACACUUGUUUCUGCUCCAUAUCAGUGAACAGAGCUCAACCUCUCCCACUAACAUUUUCUAACCAUGUUUGAUCUCAUCUCUCCUGAGCCUGCUAGCAAGUCUGCGACCGUCUAAGCAGCAUGGCAGACCAAAGCUCGCAUUUAGUGUGUCUGCCACCUGCUACCAAACUGCUUAACUGCCUAAUGCGUUUGAAGUCUGUGUUUAAAGGAAAUCCUAAGAGAGAAGCGUGAUAAUCUUUGUGGGGUUGUUGAUGGAAAAAGUGUCUGGUGGGUAAUAGGGCGCUGAUACACAAAAGCGUGGAAUGUAUAGGAAAAUAACAUCGACGACGCGCAAACCGGUACAGUGUCAUCACAAUAUAUGCUGCUGAAUUAGAGCAUGACUGAGAUGCUGUUCUGCUGAGACAUGUCAGCAGAACCAGCAUACGCAGAUGGGUGACAAAUUAAAUGAAAAUCCGUCGCUAUGGUCAGAAGUUGACAGAACGGCUUCAGUGCUUCGCUGCUUCCAUUCUCCAAAUCUCAGUAACUCCACUGGAGGGUUGAAUGCAUUUCUUCCAAAAGAUGUUCCCUUAUUUGGUGCUUUGAUGAUAGUGGUUUACUCAUAGAGAGAGACUAUCAGUCCAAACUCUGACUGUGAAGGAUCAUUAUCAGGAUUCAGAUCAUUUUUAUACUCCUCAAACCACACGCUGAUCCCUGCUGCCCCGUUGAUGGGGACUUCGUCAUCCUGAAAGAAACUCAUGUCGGGAUGGAAAUGUUUCCUCGACAGACGGAGUCACUUUUCCGUCAGUGAAACAAACCAUGGUGGGAUGUUAUUUAUGACAUGUGGGGAAGCAUCUGUAAAUAUAGUAAAUGUUCUUCAACUACUUUACAGAAUUCUGAUUGCUGCCAAGUCCGAAAAAGUAAAAUACACUUCUUUUUUAUUCUCCAUUUUUAUGUUUUGUUUUAUGUUUUUUUUCUUAUUUCCAAACAAUAAUUCACUGCUACAGUUGCUGUCAGCUUUGAUAUUAAGUUAAAGAUUGAAAGUUUAGCAUUCAAUGUUAAAAUAUCUUAAAGUUUAAGGAAUCUUUGUCUAUCAGAGUUGCCAGUAAUGAUUAUUUAGUUUAUCGCUUAAUCAGCCUAUUAUUUUCCUCAUUCAUCAUUUUAUUUUUUAUGUAAAAUAGAAGAAAUUUCCUGCUGAGAUGUUUGAAAAACAUCCCAAAACCCAAACACAUUCAGUCUGUCAGAUAUGACCAAGAAAAGCAGCAAAACAUCACAUUUCCUAAGCUUUAACGCUCCUAAGCUGUUAUGUCCGUCCUCGUGGUUAGACCGAGCCAAUCCGGCGCCGACUCAUCAACGUGACGUCCAAUCCUGGCAGUGGUGCGGCGCAGCUGCAUUUACAUAUUGGAUUAGCUAAAUACAGACACACAGAGCGCAGAAAAAUACAACCUCAUACGACCGCAGUCUUAACACCCCCUUCCCCAAGAAUUAAAUACCCCCCUAAGGUAUUUAAUUCAUAUAGGACCUAGACAAAGUGUCAGCCAAUACAUUUUCACUGCCCUUCUUAUGUAAAAUCUGCAAAUUAAAAUCCUGCAACAAAAGAGACCAACGCAUGAGCCUCUGGUUGGAAUUUCUCAUCCUAGAGAGAAACACUAGAGGAUUGUGGUCCGUAAAAACCUGAACUGUUUGUGAGCUAGAACCUAGAUAAACUUGGAAGUUCUGCAGGGCGAGCAGCAAGGCCAGUGCUUCCUUUUCUAUGGUGCUAUAAUGUACCUGAUGCUUGUUGAACUUUUUAGAAAAGUAGCAGAUGGGAUGGUCGAGUUUCUGGUCGUCUUCCUGCAGGAGAACAGCGCCUGCGCCCCACACACUAGCAUCCACCUCCAACUUAAAAGGACGCGCAAAGUCGGGCGCAGCAAGAACAGGAGCGCUACAUAACAGAGCUUUGGCUGACUCAAAAGCAGCUUGACAAGCGGGGGUCCACACAAAAUUUCUUAACGGACUAACUAGGGCAGUAAGAGGAGCGACAACCUCCGAAAAAUUUCUGCAGAAUCCUCGAUAAUACCCACACGUACCAAGAAAACGGCGCAACGCUCGUUUUGACUGAGGAACAGGGAACUCUACUACAGCCUGCACCUUGGCUGUUACUGGACGAACCUGGCCCUGACCCACCUGUUUCCCCAGAUAAGUCACAGUUCCUUUCCCAAAUUCACAUUUUGUGAGGUUAAGAGUGAGAGAUGCCUCUCCUAAACGACUACCGUAUUUUCGCGACCAUAAGGCGCACUUAAAAGCCUUAAAUUUUCUCCAAAAAGGACGGAGCGCCUUAUAAUACGGUGCGCCUUAUGUGUGCACCGAGUUCCAACAUCUGUAAAUGUUACUGUGUGACUUUGAUUUACGCUCCGCUUGACUGACUGAGAGCAUUUCCUGCCGACACGCUGCUUAUAUAGAGAAAAGGAGGACGUGACAGAGGAGAGUAUGAGAACGUUAAAGGGGGAAGUGUGGGCGUGAAAGAAGACGCUAAAGGCACGCCCCCAGUUGGUAUAUAGUGCCGGUAUUUGCAUUAUGCAAAACAACAUGGGUUUGGCGUCACCGUCCCUGUUGAUCUGUGACUCCAUGCGCGUCCAUCUCACAGCCGCUGUGAAAAACCAAGUGCAGCAAAUGAACUCGGAGCUUGCUAUCAUUCCGGGAGGCUUGACGAAGGAACUCCAACCGCUGGACAGCGGUGUAAACAGGGCGUUCAAAGUGAAGUUGCGAACGGCGUGGGAGCGAUGGAUGACAGAUGGCGAACACAGUUUUACUAAGACUGGGAGGCAGCGCCGGGCGAGUUACGCCACAAUUUGUGAAUGGAUUGCGGAUGCUUGGGCUAACGUGUCUGCUUGCACUGUUGUUCGAGCUCUCGCAAAAGCCGCCAUCAUUUAUGAGGAGCCGCACGGCAACGAGACUGACUCUGACAAUGACGAGCGGGAACCUGGCGUGUUCCAUGGAGAACUAGCCCAGCUGUUCAUUUCGUGGUAGACCGAGCCAAUCCGGCGCCGACUCAUCAACGUGACGUCCAAUCCGGGCAGUGGUGCGGCGCAGCCGUAUUUACAUAUUGGAUUAGCUCAAUACAGACACACAGAGCGCAAGAAAAAAACAACCUCAUACGACCGCAGUUGUAACAACAUUGCAGAUUAAUACUGAAGACAUCAAAACUGUAAAAAUAUACAUAUGGAAUUAUGGUGUAAACAAAAAAUUGUUAAUCUUCAGUAUUAAUUUACAAUGUAAAAAAUAAUACAAAUAAAUAAAAAAAAAACAUGGAAUGAGAAGGUGCAUCCGAACUUUUGACUGGUGGUGUAUGUUAAAGACAAAUAUCUGCAGUAAAUAUCAAAACCAGGUUGGUUUUACUCAUAUACACUAAACUGCUCUAUAUAUUAAAAGAGAUUUUAUUCUAUACUACUGUUCAAAAGUUUGGGGUCACCCACACAGUUGCAUGUUUUCCAUGAAAACUCACACUUUCAUUCAUGUGCUAACAUAAUUGCACAAGGGUUUUCUAAUCAUCAAUUAGCCUUUCAACACCAUUAGCUAACACAAUGUAGCAUUAGAACACAGGAGUGAUGGUUGCUGGAAAUGUUCCUCUGUACCUCUAUGGAGAUAUUCCAUUAAAAAUCAGCCGUUUCCAGCUAGAAUAGUCAUUUACCACAUUAACAAUGUCUAGACUGUAUUUCUGAUUAAUUUAAUGUUAACUUCAAUGAAAAAAUGGUUUUCUUUCCAAAAAAUAAGGACAUUUCUAAAUGACCCCAAACUUUUGAACAGUAGUGUAGUUCGGAUGUAACUAUAUCAAAUAUCAAAUAUUUGUAGAAAAAAGGUUGCACAGAUAAUUAAAGAAAUGAUAAUAUAAAAACAAUAAAGUGUGUUUGUAUAGAAUUUUUUGAAGCCAAUGCUACAAAUUGCUUAACCAAAGAACUAAGUGGUAAAAGCCUAUAGAUUCAAGAAUAAAAUAAACAGCACAUAAACUAGACUCAAAGUACAAACUGAAAUAUGCAGCAUAGAAAAUCUAAUAGGGUUUUGAUCAUACAACACACAAAUGAUUCACGUUGUAAUUGCAAAAAAUAAAUAAUUUUAAAGAUGGGAUUUAGGGCCUAGACAAAGUGUCAGCCAAUACAUUUUCACUACCCUUCUUAUGUAAAAUCUGCAAAUUAAAAUCCUGCAACAAAAGAGACCAACGCAUGAGCCUCUGGUUGGAAUUUCUCAUCCUAGAGAGAAACACUAGAGGAUUGUGGUCCGUAAAAACCUGAACUGUUUGUGAGCUAGAACCUAGAUAAACUUGGAAGUUCUGCAGGGCGAGCAGCAAGGCCAGUGCUUCCUUUUCUAUGGUGCUAUAAUGUACCUGAUGCUUGUUGAACUUUUUAGAAAAGUAGCAGAUGGGAUGGUCGAGUUUCUGGUCGUCUUCCUGCAGGAGAACAGCGCCUGCGCCCCACACACUAGCAUCCACCUCCAACUUAAAAGGACGCGCAAAGUCGGGCGCAGCAAGAACAGGAGCGCUACAUAACAGAGCUUUGGCUGACUCAAAAGCAGCUUGACAAGCGGGGGUCCACACAAAAUUUCUUAACGGACUAACUAGGGCAGUAAGAGGAGCGACAACCUCCGAAAAAUUUCUGCAGAAUCCUCGAUAAUACCCACACAUACCAAGAAAACGGCGCAACGCUCGUUUUGACUGAGGAACAGGGAACUCUACUACAGCCUGCACCUUGGCUGUUACUGGACGAACCUGGCCCUGACCCACCUGUUUCCCCAGAUAAGUCACAGUUCCUUUCCCAAAUUCACAUUUUGUGAGGUUAAGAGUGAGAGAUGCCUCUCCUAAACGACUACCGUAUUUUCGCGACCAUAAGGCGCACUUAAAAGCCUUAAAUUUUCUCCAAAAUGGACGGAGCGCCUUAUAAUACGGUGCGCCUUAUGUGUGCACCGAGUUCCAACAUCUGUAAAUGUUACUGUGUGACUUUGAUUUACGCUCCGCUUGACUGACUGAGAGCAUUUCCUGCCGACACGCUGCUUAUAUAGAGAAAAGGAGGACGUGACAGAGGAGAGUAUGAGAACGUUAAAGGGGGAAGUGUGGGCGUGAAAGAAGACGCUAAAGGCACGCCCCCAGUUGGUAUAUAGUGCCGGUAUUUGCAUUAUGCAAAACAACAUGGGUUUGGCGUCACCGUCCCUGUUGAUCUGUGACUCCAUGCGCGUCCAUCUCACAGCCGCUGUGAAAAACCAAGUGCAGCAAAUGAACUCGGAGCUUGCUAUCAUUCCGGGAGGCUUGACGAAGGAACUCCAACCGCUGGACAGCGGUGUAAACAGGGCGUUCAAAGUGAAGUUGCGAACGGCGUGGGAGCGAUGGAUGACAGAUGGCGAACACAGUUUUACUAAGACUGGGAGGCAGCGCCGGGCGAGUUACGCCACAAUUUGUGAAUGGAUUGCGGAUGCUUGGGCUAACGUGUCUGCUUGCACUGUUGUUCGAGCUCUCGCAAAAGCCGGCAUCAUUUAUGAGGAGCCGCACGGCAACGAGACUGACUCUGACAAUGACGAGCGGGAACCUGGCGUGUUCCAUGGAGAACUAGCCCAGCUGUUCAUUUCGUGGUAGACCGAGCCAAUCCGGCGCCGACUCAUCAACGUGACGUCCAAUCCGGGCAGUGGUGCGGCGCAGCCGUAUUUACAUAUUGGAUUAGCUCAAUACAGACACACAGAGCGCAAGAAAAAAACAACCUCAUACGACCGCAGUUGUAACAACAUUGCAGAUUAAUACUGAAGACAUCAAAACUGUAAAAAUAUACAUAUGGAAUUAUGGUGUAAACAAAAAAUUGUUAAUCUUCAGUAUUAAUUUACAAUGUAAAAAAUAAUACAAAUAAAUAAAAAAAAACAUGGAAUGAGAAGGUGCAUCCGAACUUUUGACUGGUGGUGUAUGUUAAAGACAAAUAUCUGCAGUAAAUAUCAAAACUAGGUUGGUUUUACUCAUAUACACUAAACUGCUCCAUACAUUAAAAGAGAUUUUAUUCUAUACUACUGUUCAAAAGUUUGGGGUCACCCACACAGUUGCAUGUUUUCCAUGAAAACUCACACUUUCAUUCAUGUGCUAACAUAAUUGCACAAGGGUUUUCUAAUCAUCAAUUAGCCUUUCAACACCAUUAGCUAACACAAUGUACCAUUAGAACACAGGAGUGAUGGUUGCUGGAAAUGUUCCUCUGUACCUCUAUGGAGAUAUUCCAUUAAAAAUCAGCCGUUUCCAGCUAGAAUAGUCAUUUACCACAUUAACAAUGUCUAGACUGUAUUUCUGAUUAAUUUAAUGUUAACUUCAAUGAAAAAAUGGUUUUCUUUCCAAAAAAUAAGGACAUUUCUAAAUGACCCCAAACUUUUGAACAGUAGUGUAGUUCGGAUGUAACUAUAUCAAAUAUCAAAUAUUUGUAGAAAAAAGGUUGCACAGAUAAUUAAAGAAAUGAUAAUAUAAAAACAAUAAAGUGUGUUUGUAUAGAAUUUUUUGAAGCCAAUGCUACAAAUUGCUUAACCAAAGAACUAAGUGGUAAAAGCCUAUAGAUUCAAGAAUAAAAUAAACAGCACAUAAACUAGACUCAAAGUACAAACUGAAAUAUGCAGCAUAGAAAAUCUAAUAGGGUUUUGAUCAUACAACACACAAAUGAUUCACGUUGUAAUUGCAAAAAAUAAAUAAUUUUAAAGAUGGGAUUUAGGGCCUAGACAAAGUGUCAGCCAAUACAUUUUCACUACCCUUCUUAUGUAAAAUCUGCAAAUUAAAAUCCUGCAACAAAAGAGACCAACGCAUGAGCCUCUGGUUGGAAUUUCUCAUCCUAGAGAGAAACACUAGAGGAUUGUGGUCCGUAAAAACCUGAACUGUUUGUGAGCUAGAACCUAGAUAAACUUGGAAGUUCUGCAGGGCGAGCAGCAAGGCCAGUGCUUCCUUUUCUAUGGUGCUAUAAUGUACCUGAUGUUUGUUGAACUUUUUAGAAAAGUAGCAGAUGGGAUGGUCGAGUUUCUGGUCGUCUUCCUGCAGGAGAACAGCGCCUGCGCCCCACACACUAGCAUCCACCUCCAACUUAAAAGGACGCGCAAAGUCGGGCGCAGCAAGAACAGGAGCGCUACAUAACAGAGCUUUGGCUGACUCAAAAGCAGCUUGACAAGCGGGGGUCCACACAAAAUUUCUUAACGGACUAACUAGGGCAGUAAGAGGAGCGACAACCUCCGAAAAAUUUCUGCAGAAUCCUCGAUAAUACCCACACAUACCAAGAAAACGGCGCAACGCUCGUUUUGACUGAGGAACAGGGAACUCUACUACAGCCUGCACCUUGGCUGUUACUGGACGAACCUGGCCCUGACCCACCUGUUUCCCCAGAUAAGUCACAGUUCCUUUCCCAAAUUCACAUUUUGUGAGGUUAAGAGUGAGAGAUGCCUCUCCUAAACGACUACCGUAUUUUCGCGACCAUAAGGCGCACUUAAAAGCCUUAAAUUUUCUCCAAAAAGGACGGAGCGCCUUAUAAUACGGUGCGCCUUAUGUGUGCACCGAGUUCCAACAUCUGUAAAUGUUACUGUGUGACUUUGAUUAACGUUCCGCUUGACUGACUGAGAGCAUUUCCUGCCGACACGCUGCUUAUAUAGAGAAAAGAAGGACGUGACAGAGGACAGCAUGAGAACGUUAAAGGGGGAAGUGUGGGCGUGAAAGAAGACGCUAAAGGCACGCCCCCAGUUGGUAUAUAGUGCCGGUAUUUGCAUUAUGCAAAACAACAUGGGUUUGGCGUCACCGUCCCUGUUGAUCUGUGACUCCAUGCGCGUCCAUCUCACAGCCGCUGUGAAAAACCAAGUGCAGCAAAUGAACUCGGAGCUUGCUAUCAUUCCGGGAGGCUUGACGAAGGAACUCCAACCGCUGGACAUCGGUGUAAACAGGGCGUUCAAAGUGAAGUUGCGAACGGCGUGGGAGCGAUGGAUGACAGAUGGCGAACACAGUUUUACUAAGACUGGGAGGCAGCGCCGGGCGAGUUACGCCACAAUUUGUGAAUGGAUUGCGGAUGCUUGGGCUAACGUGUCUGCUUGCACUGUUGU